AAUCGAAUUGUUGUAAUGUUUUGAAGUUCAACUUGUGGGUGACGUACGGACAACACAUCUAUUAACGAAAAACAAAUUCAUUUUAUUAUGGAGAAACAACGAGUUAAUAAACGUAGAGAGAGGAGGGAGAAGUCUAGUCAGGCCAUCAAAAUUGUGAUUCGGCAUUUGCCGCCGACAAUGACUGAAGAGGAAUUCUUGCAACAAGUGGAGCCAUUGCCAGAAAACGAUGCCUACUAUUAUUGCCAGGCAGACUGGUCGCUCGGACAGGAGGCAACAUGCCGGGCUUACAUUGACAUGUCCAUGAAAGAUAUGUCGGAAGUUCUACAGUUUCGCGAUCGAUUCGAUGGCUACGUGUUUGUCGAUGCGAGGGGCGUGGAAUACAUCGCCAUUGUGGAAUAUGCACCGUUUCAGUGCUUUCUGAAGAACAAAGGACGCAGUCAGGACUACAAAAUGAAUACCAUCGAAAAAGAACCGCAUUAUCAAGAGUAUCUCCAGAGAAUGGCCGACGAGCGCGAGGAGGCGAGUCGAUUAUGUGAUACGAAGAUCGAUUUCACAUUCGACCAGAAGUCUGAUGAGAAGGUUAAAUCGACACCGCUGCUUCAGUAUUUGGCUAACAAGAAGGAAAAACGGCGCGAAGAAGCGCGCAAGCGAAACGAAGAGAAGAAAAAGAGCCGGGAAGAGCAAAAGCAGCAAAGAGCAUUCGAAUUACCAGAAGCUGGCAAACAGAAAGACGCUCUUGGUGAUAACAAUAAGAAAUCUGUAAAUUCCAAUAAUCCAAAAAAGGGAUUUGGACAUGGAGGAGGUCAGGGUCAAGGACAAGGCCAAGCUCAAGAAGAGGCAACGGAAAAUUCACGCUCGAAGCGACGCACGGAACGCAAUCAGCGUCGUCGCGAAGAACACGAGCAACGAAAAUUGGGCAGAGAACGUGAUAAUCGGGACAAGAAUACAAAUGAUCGCCAGGAAAAAGUGACGGUUCAAAAGCGACCCUCAAAUCAGCCAGCUAAAAGAGAUCAACAGAAAAAAAACGAAGAAUUUGUCAUUUUAAAGAAAGAAGCCAAGCCAGUGGAAAAUGCCGUUGCAUCCAAAACAGAAACAGUUAAAUCAUUAGAGGCGGGCAGUAAACGAGAAACUGCAGAGACCUCUAAAAGACCAAAAGAAAUCGUUAAAUCGGAAUCAAUAGACGAAGAUCCUUGUGUGCUGCCUAGUACAAAUAAAGCGAUUUCCUCAGUUAUCUCAAACGAACAAGGUGCUAGUAAAGAACCAGCUGAGAAUUAUAAGAGAUCGAAAGAAAUCCCUAAGUCAGGAUCAGGACAAGAACAUUCUAUACAGCCAAAUACGAGUAGCAGUAAAGCAAACAACUCACGUUUAGCUGAAGAGCGUCGUAUAAGAAAUAAGGAUCGUCCAUCAAUUGCCAUAUAUCAGCCCAAGGUUCGAAUGCGAAUGGACUCCGAUGAUACUUCACCAACAGACUGUAAAGAUUCUGCGCCAACUUUCGAAAGAGAUACGUUCUUCCAGGACAAUAAGCCCACCAACAAGCGGUACAAUAGACGCAACAGACAAAAGCCGCAGGACAAUGCGGAGCAGGCGCGCGGCGUUGUAUCAAAGCCAUCGGAAAGCAGCACAAGUUCGGCGCAGUAAAUAAUCGAGUUAACUUGUAAUUUUAGUUUCUGGCAAGCAAUUGCUCUUUAUUAAUAAAAAUCGCUCUCAAGAUCCAUUGAGUUGCUAGA